AUGUUUGUAUAUGGGAUGUUCAGUUUACAAAAGAAGGUCAAAAGUGGCGUGGAGGCCCAUGGUGUGGAGGUCCGUGGUGGGGUGGCCCAUGAUGUGGAGGUCCGUGGUGGGGUGGCCCAUGAUGUGGAGGUCCAUGGUGAGGUGGCCCAUGAUAGGGAGGCCCGUAAUGAUGUGGUGGGCCGUGGUGUGGUGGGCCGUGGUGUGGUGGGCCGUGGUGGGGUGGCCCUAACGGAGGUGGUGGUGGGCCAUGGGGAUGUAGAUGAUGUGGCGGACCAUGUGGUCCGUGUGGAGGCA